AUGGCACCCAAACAGAAGGCUCCAUGCUACGUCCUAGGCGUUGGCAUGACCAAGUUCGUCAAGCCACGAGGCAAGAUUGACUACACCGAGCUGGGUUUUGAAGCUGGUGUCAAGGCUAUGCUGGAUGCUCAGGUCAACUACGAUGACAUUGAGACCGGUGUUGCUUGCUACUGCUAUGGCGACUCGACGUGCGGACAGAGAGUAUUCUACCAGUUCGGCAUGAGCCAGAUUCCGAUCUACAAUGUGAACAACAACUGCAGCACCGGCUCCACCGGCCUACACCUCGGACGAACAAUGAUUGCAGGCGGCAUGGCCGACGCAGUCCUCGUAGUCGGCUUCGAGAAGAUGUUUCCAGGCUCCCUCCAAUCCUUCUUCAAUGACCGCGCAAACCCCACCGGCACCUCAGCCGAAAUGAUGAAAGCCACCCGCGGCGUGACCAACGCUCCAGGAGCACCACAGAUGUUCGGCAAUGCAGGACGAGAGUACAUGGAGAAGUACGGCGCGAAGAAGGAGGACUUUGCGGAGAUUGCGAGGGUCAACCACGAGCACAGCAAGCGAAACCCAUACUCACAGUUCCAGGACGAGUAUACUUUGGACCAGGUGCUCAAGUCGCCGAUGAUCCACGAGCCGCUUACGAAGCUGCAAUGCUGUCCUACUUCGGACGGUGGCGCGGCGGCGGUGCUCGUCAGCCAGGCUUUCUUGGACGCGCGACCGCAUCUCAAGGAUCAAGCAGUGGAGAUUGCCGGGCAAUGUCUCGCGACUGACGCGCCGAGCCUGUUCAGCCGGAGCUCAAUCGACCUGAUGGGCUUCGAUAUGUCACGCUACGCAGCGAAGACGGCCCUGGCGGAGGCGAAGGUCAAUGUCAAGGACGUCAAGGUCUGUGAGCUGCACGACUGCUUCAGCGCGAACGAGAUGAUUACCAUUGAUGCGUUGGGCUUGUCAGAACCUGGCAAGGCGCACGAAAUGGUGCGGAAGGGCGACAUCACUUAUGGCGGUAAGAUGGUCAUCAACCCUUCGGGUGGUCUGAUCAGCAAGGGCCACCCGUUGGGUGCGACUGGUAUCGCCCAAUGCGCAGAGCUGGUGUGGCAUCUGCGAGGCUGGGCCAACAACCGCCUCGUCAAAGGCACAAAUGCCGCCCUUCAGCACAACCUUGGUCUCGGCGGCGCUGUCGUCGUGACCGUAUACAAGCGUGCAGAUGGUAAGGAAAGCAGCCCAGUAUCCUCCGAGGAGAUUGGCAAGAAGAACGGUCUUGGAUACAACCCAGCUGUGGAAGCGAAGGGCUUCACGAAGGCACAGGUGGACAAUGUGAGGAGUACGAAGAGCAGGAGCGAGUGGGCGUUGCAGGAUACUGAGACCAAGGUGGAGUCAAGGUUCUAA